CCCCUAAGAAGAAGAAGAAGAAGAAUCACAAAAUAAUCAGUGAAUCAGUCAUCGUAUUUGUUCGUCGUGAAACGUCAAUACAAAAAUUGUUGCGGCUUUUUUUAUACUUACACGAAUCUAGUGCAUACACGAAGUGCGCGAGUGUAAAAUUUUCAUCGUCCACAAUUAAAAUCAUGAUGACAGGUGCACGCCAAGUAAAGUAAACACACAACUCGUAUCUUUGUCCCCGCGGUGACUCUACUUGCAGCCAGCCAAGUAAUCAACCAGCUAAUAGAUAUACAUUUACUAGCCAACUCUCAGGCAAAACGGAGAAAACGGAGCAGGAAAUCGUUGACAAGGACGUCAACAUAGACGAGGACAGUAGCCAAGACGAGGACGUCAUGGCCGAAGACGUGCCAAUAUUGUUACUACCGAACGAGAUAAUCGAAUUGAUCCUCGAGGAUCCCCAGCUGACUUUUUGGGACGUCGUUAACUUGGGAAUAAGCUGCAAACGUCUGCACAGACUUGUCUUCAAUGACAACAAGCUCUGGAGAACCAAGUUCUUUCAGAGGUGGUCUUCUCUCAGAGAAGUUUACAUGGAUUAUGAGAAACAACACAAGAUCGAGUCCUGGCUGCAAGAAGUGCAGAGUAGCUUCUCUAGCAAAAAAACACUUAUGCAUCAAUUGUCAUUGAUGCCCGCCAAGUUUUACAAGAAACAGGAGCUCUCACAUUCGGAACUUAAAGAUUUUGAAGUGCUUUUCCGUCCAGAAAAAGGAGCGCAUCCCAUGGCCUAUCACUUUCACGUGGACAAUCUGAUAGAAAUUAUUGAAGAGCCAACAGUACAAAGUGAUCUGACAAUAAAAUAUUACGCAUCCAAAGUAGUGAGAUACAUGAAGCAAAAUUAUUUAAACGACGAGUGGCAAAAGUACAUAGAACUACCGCCACAGAAGCAGCUGCUGGAAGUUGGAGCGACCAUUGUGGCACAGUGGAGUCAGCCAGAGAAACGAGUUUCUUACAGCCACGUGAGGGAAAGGCUGGACGACAUUGCGCAAUAUGCCAAGGAAAUUUUGAAAGAACAAUAUCCCCUGCACUCUAUUUUCAGCACGUCACCAAAGAUUAUUGAGCAAUGGAAAAAUACUAAUAUUGAUGAUAAUCAGUGGUCGACUGCCGAAACGAAACAAGUCAUAGCUGCCCUGUGCGAAGUUAUGUUCAACAAAUUAGGCUUUCACGGGAACAGCGAAAUGUACUAUUCCUCGGAGAACUCAUUUAUAGACAGAGUUCUGGAGCUCAAACAUGGUAUUCCUAUUACAUUGGCUAUCGUUUUCGAGAGCGCAUGCCGUCGUAUUGGUGUGAAAUGCGAGCCUGUUAGUUUCCCGGCUCAUUUUCUGCUGCGUUGGAAAGAACGAUACACCGAUGACGAAGACGACAAAUUCGAGAAUUUCUACAUAGACGUGUUUAACGGCGGUAAAUUUUUAACAACACAGAGCUGCCCCCGGUUAGGUGGCAUUACCAAAUGUCCGAUAAAACGAUACAACACUCGACAAGCAGCUACGCCUAUCGAGGUCGUAGAGCGAAUGGCACACAAUUUAGAAAUAGCAAGCAGACAACGCACUCACUUGAAUGGUAGAGCAGCGCGUCUACGUUCCGCUCUUGAAUUAGAACACAUGGUCCGACCGUUGGAUACUAAUGUAAUUUUACACUUGGCUCGCUUUUACAUGCUGCAUCAGUUGGAUUUGACUUCGUUAGUUAGUAUAUUAACUUACAUAGAAAAGAAUCCAGAUUCAAUGGCCAGAGGUCCGGCAAAUCAUAUACUGCAAAUGCUGUAUGAUUAUGAAAGGCACAUGAACGAUGGAGCUGAAGAAACCACUGAAGUUAAAAAACGAACUCCUGAAGUGAAGUACGCAAUUGGUAUGAUAAUGAAGCAUCAGAGGUAUGAGUAUCUAUGUGUAAUCACUGGUUGGGAUUUACGAUGCGAAGCAUCACCAGAAUGGAUGAUCGAAAUGGGUGUUGAAGAACUACAUGGUGGCUCGAAUCAACCGUUUUACAAUGUAUUCGCGGAUGAUGCAUCGUCUCGUUACGCAGCACAAGAAAAUUUAGUGAUGGCUGUACAACCUGGUUGGGUUGACCAUUUUGAAAUGGGUCGAUAUUUUUGUAGAUUUAAUGGCACUCACUAUGUACCUAAUAACGAGAAGGCUAAAGAGUAUCCAGAAGAUGCAGAAGUCAGGGAAAGCUUGCUUUCGAAGUAUUUGUAAAUAUCCAUGAAUAUUUUUACAAGAUUUUCUAUAAACUUCGUAUAUGUCAAACGUAUAUGAUGUGGAACGCAGUUUUUUUGCGUUGUAUAUAAAGUAUUUAAACUUAGUAAUCGAAAAAUUAGUUUUUUUUUUUUUUUUUCUGUU